AUGAGAAAGAAGAUCCAGAGACUCCUAUGGGAUCUUCCAGGUUACGCCACAUGGGGACUGCGGCCAAAAUGGUCGAAUGUUGACGAUGAAUUCGUGCCUCUGGGUCCUUCCAACAUGAACGACGAAGAUGGUCACAUAUUGCGAACUGGCUUAGAAAUAUUUGAACUGAUCCAAUGCUGUGCCUCUAUUAAGCGCCUGUCUGUUGAAUUUUGGGACGAGAAUUGGCUUCGCAUGACAGAAGAACGAAACAAGGUUCCGCGAUGCUCAUUUGCAGUGCACGGAUUCACCAUCCAUCGCGUUUCCCACUCGACCAUUGAGAACAUUGCAUUCCGGCUAAAAUAUUGUAAGGGACCCUGGGUACCUGUCAGGAGCGAUCGUCUGGCAUGGAUGCUUGAGGAUACUUUCGGAGGCAUGUCCUCGUUCCCUGCGCUACGGGAAUUGUCAUUCGAGCCCAUUUACACUGACCCAGGCCCGUGGUCCAUGCGAGGCAAAUACGAGACAACGGAAGAUGAAAGCUCUUCGGAGCAAAAUGAGGACGAUUCCUCGGAUGAGCCCUGCAAAUCGUCAGGAGUUCAUUACACGCUGACUCAAUUGGAAGAAGCAUACAUACCACCACCUGGUCUUACACUGAACAUGAUGCAUUCACUAAAUGCAAAGUUGGAUCUGGGCCUUGUCCAGCUUCCAAAGCUGGAAAAGCUCGUGUUGACCAAUGUCACGCUUGAUGCGAGAUGCCUCCUACUAUGGCUAUGCGAACAAGAGCAACUACCCGUUUCCGGACUCUCGAUUUGCUUACAAGGCACCACGUUUCUGUUUGACCUCGACCCGAAGACUCUUUUCCAAGGACUUACUCAACUCAAUGUCAGUUUGUGCUAUGACCCUGAGAGGACAUUCCAUUACCCGCCUUCACCAGCUGGUUUUGUGGACGAACUUUAUGGAAACAAGGCCGAGUAUUUUUCUACAUGGUCCGCCGGUCAAACGUCCUGGUCAAAGUAUGCUGUCGAUGAGCUAGCAUGGGAAACUCUUCCAGCCCAAAUGCCAGCAUUUCCAAGUCCUGAAACUGUCUCUGCUGGAGCCAUUGAAUUUCGGCGCCGCCCAAGUGCUUUUAUGUCCAUCCAGAACGCAUUCCGCCAUCAGAAGCCAGACAUCGAAGUUGUCUACUACUCCAUGCCUGGGGUCGAGGGCGGUAUCUGCGACUGGUUCGAUAACACAACAGACCAGCCUGGGUCUUUGACCAUCCUCGUAUACAGAACACAUUGGGACUAUUGGCCUGCCGGCUAUUUUAGUGAAGAAUUCGAGAAUGAAAUACUCAGUCACACCACCGACCUCUAUCACAGGGCGAGAGAACUCGAAUGGCAAGAACAGCAACCACUGAUGCAAUAUGAGGGAGAGUUGCUUGGAUUGGAUAUCAUGAGAUACCUCUACUAUGAGGAACUCCAAGAUGUGUCGAUAACAGGAGACCCUCUCUAG